CAAUAUGAAUUUAUCCCCAGAAUCCCAAGAAUCUCACAAGCUUACAAGGCUUCAUCAGCAGUUACACUUCAAAUUCUCAAAUCAUCAUCAAUUUUCAGCCAACUUCACACUGUCGAUAAGUGUCGGCAAAAAACUCAGUUGACGCCUGAAAAACGUAAACAAGUUGCGUUUUUUCACAGUUUUCACGCGAGAAAAGCAGAAAAUUGACCAAAAAUAGUGCAAAUUUCCCCACAAACCAUGGCAGCGUCAUCUGUGGAACUGAGUUCAUAUCGAGAUCAGCACUUUAAGGGCUCUCGCACUGACCAGGAGCGUCUUCUGAAGCUCUCCUGCACGCUGUACGUGGGAAAUCUGUCCUUCUUCACCACCGAGGAGCAAAUUCACGAGCUCUUCUCGCGCUGUGGCGACAUCCGGCGCAUCGUGAUGGGUCUGGACAAGUUCAAGAAGACGCCUUGCGGCUUCUGCUUCGUGGAGUAUUACAGCCGGAUUGACUCGGAAAUGGCCAUGCGAUACAUCAACGGCACACGACUGGACGAUCGGCUGAUUCGGGUGGACUGGGAUGCGGGAUUCGUGGAGGGGCGCCAGUAUGGCAGAGGGAAGUCGGGCGGACAGGUGAGAGACGAGUACAGGACGGACUACGACUCCGGACGGGGCGGCUAUGGGAAGAUCCUGCAGCAGAAGGCCGUGCCCAACACGGACAAUCUCUAAAUAAAUAGCAUUAAAACGA